ACGGAAAGGACAUAAAAACUGGUUGUGAUAACCCGGGAGAUAAUUUUUGAGUGCAGAGUUUCUUAGGACGGCUAGGAAAAAUCGCGGAAUAAUGAGAGACCCGGAGUAUCAAGUGGCGUUUCUCGCGGUGCUUUUCUUGACGAUGGGCUCAUCCUUUGGCCAACAUCCGUGUUCUACUAAUUAUUCCGAUCCCGACGAUUGGCUGACGGAUCAUUGCGAGUCGAAGCCUUCAACGUUCCACUUGAUCUGUUCCGGCGGUCUUAGCGACGAAUGGAAGAGCGGAUCGAACAGCGUUUAUUUUCUGACGCUGUGCGGAUGGCCGGAAGAGAGUCUCGACCCUGAGGAUCUACUGAGCAAGUUUCCCGCCCUCCGGAACCUGUCGAUCAUCGACAGCAACAUGACCUACCUCGUGUCCGGCUUUCCCGGCACCGCGACGGACCUGGAAGUAGUCACGUUCAGCGGUACAAGUCUUGAAGAGCUGCCCAGAGCCGCGUUCUCAAACUUGCAGUCCCUUCGGUUUCUCGACCUCAGACACAACGCCCUGAAAUUCGUGGAUCCGACCGCGAUUGAAGGCCCGUCUCUGCAGUACGUUUACUUGUCUGGAAACCCAUUCAACUGCGCUUCCGAGAUGAUCUGGAUACUAAACUCGAACAACGAAUCCGUCGCCAGCCGGGUCGUCGACAGGGACAAAUUGCGGUGCGCGUUGGCGUCGAAAACCAAUCAUUUUCUGGUACAGAUGAUGGAAAUAACUGCGGAAGUCGCCGAUCAGUGCCAGAAGACGGUCUGCAGCUGCGAUCUGACCUACGUUGCAUCGACAAUGACCGGGUCGUCGAAUGGCAAGCAAUUAUUGUCCUUCGUCACGGUGAACUGUAGUUCGAAAGGCCUUACGGAGCUUCCAGAAUUCCUACCGCAAAAUACGACCACCCUUUAUCUGGCGAACAACAAGAUUCGCGACUUGACUCCGCUGACGAAGAACCCUGUCUACCGUAAAGUCAUCGAUCUAUACCUGGACAACAACGAGGUGGAAUCAAUAGCGAUUCUCGAGGGUUCCGACUGGCUCGAUCACUUCCGGGCAUUUAGUCUACGAGGGAAUCGACUGAGCUACGUUCCGCCGUACGUGAUCGAGAAUGCUCUUCAGCAAAACGACCACCCGGUAGCUAUUUUGCUGGGAAAAAAUCCGUGGCGAUGUGACUGUCAUUUCACCCCUGGAUUUCAGGUACUCCUGAGAAGCCAUACUGGCCUUUUUAAGGAUGUGGAAAACGUGACUUGCGCGGAGGUUCAGGACGACGAAAAUUCUGGCAAACAGAUAAGCCUCCUUAGCCGGACCGCGAUUUGCACCCCACCAGACCAGCAUUGGAUUCAGCCUCUGGACAUCUUGAACGUAGUCCUGGCGUCGCUGAUUUUCUUCGUCCUUGGCAAGCUGCUCUACGACUACUGGACCUUCAAGAAGACCGGCAAACUGCCGUGGAUCGUAGCCAAGAUGCCUUGAAGGUCGAUUAAUUGAUUCGUACUUGUACAAUACACGCUGUACGUAUUUUGUAAAUAAAAUGUUCUCAGUUUUUCUAAGAUU